AGAUAAACCUGAGUAUAUCGAUGGGAUUGAUUUACUUGAAGGAUGUAAUCCUCUUAAAUCCGGUGCGAAGUUGGCAGCAAAAACAAUUUGGCUGUGGCCUGGAUGGUUGAACAAUUGCACCAAAAUUAAAUUCACUAGCGGAGCGAAUCUUUGGACAGUUGAUAAUGCACCGAAGUUGGUAAAAGAUGCCAAUGCGCAGGUGAUUGCAAUUGAUUGGGGUACAAAUGAAUUAUCGUGUUGCAGUUAUCCUGUGUUGUUAUACUGUCAUAUGAGUAAAAUCAGUGCAUGGAUGGCAAAAGUGAUUGAGACUUGUUCAACAAUUGCACCAUCCACUUCAAUUUCCAACACAUGGUUGAUUGGCCACUCAUUAGGAUCUCAUAUGAUCGGUUACACAGCGAAAAGCUUAAAUAAACUGACGUCAAAGGUGGAGAAACUCAUUGGACUUGAUCCCGCUGGGCCACUUUUCAUUAAAAAAUUCGGCGGUGGAAAGUGUCAGGGUAUUCAGAAAGAGUACGCAAUAGAUACCAUGGUUUUCUUGACCAAUCCCGGUGGAUUGGGAACUGAAAAUGAUAAAUUAGCUGCAGUUAAUGUUCAUGUUAAUCUGGAGAAAGAUUAUUGCCAGUAUAGAUGUCAGUGCAAUUCAUCAAUGUGCAACCAUAUUUACGCAUCUACAACCCUUUUCGGUGCUCUAGCCCGGCGAGAAGAUUUGAAGGGAACAUAUUUGGCUGAUAAAGAACGGGAGCCAAUUCACACAGUGACCAUUUAUAAAACAAUGAAACCCGGCGUAUACGCUAUUGAAUCUAGUAAAAAUCCAUCACUUCAACAGGCUAAAACUCAUGCAUACGAUGAAUUGUAAAUGAAGGUUCAAAGUUCAAAAAUCAUUAGAUAUAAAUAUUCUGAUAUGUCUAAAUGAAUCAAUUUCAAUUAAUAGAAUCUAAAUUUACAUUUUUGUUCAUUGAAAAAUAAAAGAAACAUUCGAAGAUUUUGGCGAUAUAAAAACCCGAUAUAUCGGGUAAAAACAUAUA